UAAUUGACAGUUGACACCUGCUGAUAAAUAAAAGAUAUUGGAUGAGCGGCGUUUCAUUUGAUAAAAGUCUUAUUCAAUUCUAAUUGUAAUGACUAAAAACUAAUGAAAUUUGUACUCCAUCGGUUAUAAUUAAAGCUGUGAACUCAUUUAGUAGUUUAUAGCAAAAUGGGUCUAUUAUCAGACCCUGAUGUUGGUUCUGUGAAGUGGGUGAGGGUGCUGAAGAGAGUGCACGGUCCUGUCUGCUUCCUAUGCUAUGUUGGUGCCCUGGUAUGGUUUGUCCUGCUCGGCCAUAGAGAGUUCAAUAACGAGACUUAUUUCUCCGAGAAUGCUUUACUUCCUGGCUUGGUGACCAAUGAAUUCAAUGCAGAGCAGACUGCAAAUCAAUAUUUCAAUGAAUUACAUUCGGAAUUACAGACAAACUAUGAAGAGACGGAUGAAAUGCCGGUGCCAUGGCUGGUGGGGAUGAUGUCACAUAUACAUUUGGAGGUUUACACACACAACUUUACUCUUCGCUACCCACUGGGGAAAGGACAAGUGUUCAAAGGUACCAAUGUGUAUGGUAUACUGCGAGCUCCUCGUACUUCAUCGCUUGAGGCUAUAGUAGUGUCAGUGCCAUACAGGAGUGUAGGAUCUCAUCAGAAGACCACCGUGGCUGGCAUAGCACUUAUGUUAGCAUUCGCCAAGUUUGCAAGACCACAAAAAUAUUGGGCCAAAGACAUAAUUUUCCUAGUCACACAACAUGAUCAACUAGGAAUGCAGGCGUGGCUGGAAGCUUACCACGGUUUGCACAGUGAAGCUGAGCCAUUCCACGCUAGCCUUGGUAGUUUCUGGAAGCCUGGUACUCCCAAGUUUACCAUGGAUAGUUUCUUGCCUAAUAUUCCGUUUAGAGGGAGAGGUAAAAAGCCUUUGAAUCCUGGGACAUUGAAAGGGAGGUCUGGAUCCAUUCAGGCUGCUAUUCUUUUGGAAUUUAGCUCUCCAAAGAUAAAGUAUGUUGAGGUGAAGAUAGAAGGUUUGAACGGUCAGCUGCCUAACUUGGAUCUUGUAAACUUGGUUCACAAGCUGUGUCAGAAGUCAGGGAUACAUCAUUCUUUUGGAAAAAGUUACUCUUGGAUCCGCGGCCGCGACAGUAUGGACGACUGGAAGAACGGAUUCUGGACCAUGUUCGAGAUGAUGGUCGGCCAGAUUGAUGGGGUGCCAGACGGUAACCACGGCCUCUUCCAUCGCUUCGGCAUCGAGGCGGUGACACUGGAAGGCCGCGACGAGAUGGACCCGGGCGGCAAGGUGCCCCGCGUCAACACGCUCUCUCGGUGCAACUUCUACAAGCUGGGCAUUGCGCUGGAGAGCAUACUGCGGUCGUUGAACAACCUGCUCGAGCGAUUCCACCAGAGCUACUUCUUCUAUAUGCUGGCUUCUACUCAUCGGUUCAUUUCUAUUGGUCAGUACAUGCCAUCGCUAUGUCUACUAUGCGUAGCUAUGCUAAUCAGAGCAUUAUCACUAUGGGUGACCACCUUACAACAAGAUGGCGAUUACAACGACAAACAAACAAACAAAACAAAUAAAAAACCAAGCAAACACAAGCUGGAGAAAGCUAAAGAUUCCGACUCGGAGGAACCAGGCGAGCAGGAAACGAAGGAGGUUACUAAAGUUAAAACUCCGGAGAAAAAGAAAGCCGAUAUAAACAUGAGUGUGUUGAACAUCGGCGUUAAUUAUCUCCUAGUACAUCUUAUUGGAUACGGUGUUAUGAACUCACCUUUUAUGAUGGCUUAUUAUGGUUCAGUAUACUACAUGAAACCGCCAGAAGUGUCGGUCUACUUCGGUAUAAUAAGCAUAGCAGUACUCCUCAUCUUCAUAACUCCGUUCCUCCCAUACUUGUUGCGCAAGGGCCCCAUAAGUUACGAGGAGUUAUCUCUAGUCAACAUCCUAGUACUGACGGAGUUGGCCACUGUAUGUCUGAGUGUUGCUAUGCAGAACUUCUCUCUAGGGUUCGCAAUGGCUGUUAUUUAUACUCCUUUGGCUUUGAUGACCAGUGUCCACGUUAGAGGGUCUGGGAAAGCACGCGCAUGUCUCCAGCUCCUGAAGCGCCUAGUCUGCUUACUGGUGCACCCGCUGGUGGUACUCCUGGUAUGUAUGGUGGCGUACAGCCGGCACCUGGUGGCGGACGAGAGCUGGCUGGCCACGCUCAGCCGCGGCUCCGACGCCGCCAUGCAGGCCAUCAUGUUCUCCGUCGUGGAUUCUAUGUUGUACGGGAACUGGUUGUUCAACCUGUCGACCUCCAUACUGCUGCCGAUAUGGCUGAUAUUCUGGCAGAUCCUCAACAUAAAGGUCAAUGCUCCCUAGACGCCAAAGGCCAUUUAGUAUUAAAUUUGUAUAUUUUAUAAAUUCUGUGAGCCCUUGUAAGAACUCUACUUCAUUUGGAUACCAUUGUCGUACGACUAGGUCGCACGCAACCAAUGAAAUGUAAUAUAUCACUUGAGGGCGUAGUACGGGUUUGUUUUACGUCUUGUUUAUGGAAUAGGAGGCAAACGAGCAGACGGAUUACCUGAUGGUAAGCGAUCAGCGCCGCCAAUGGACACCAACAACAACAGAGGAGUCACAGAUGCGUUGCCUUGGUUCAUUGGAGCCGAUCAUUAAUUACCCCGGAGUGUUUUGAGUUUGCUUUACGUUUAAAGUAAUCGAAACGAGAGCGCAUUCGUUGCUCUGAUUGGUUAGUUCUCUCGCACUGGCCAAUCAAAACGUCGAACACCUUCUCGUUUCGUUUUCGUUUAACGUAAAGCAAACUCAUACUAAGGGUACUGCUUGGUCGACUAAACUGAAUCAACCGAUCAGAGAAUCGAACGCCGUCUUGUUUCGAUACGAACUCGUAUUAAGCCGGUAACAACUUGGUUGCACAAUUAUCUGGUGGUCGGCAACCAAAUCAUCUCUAGUGUAUCUUUGUCAGACAGUACUAUUGUGCGACCUGGUCGAAUGACUACAGGGUCUCAAUGAAAUAGUUACCUAUAGGGCUUAAGACUUGAAACGACUUGAAAGUUAGAAUUAAAAUAAUUGACUAUGAUGUAGACAUUUUUUACGAACAAAUAAUGUAAAGGCGUUUUUGUUUAGAAAUAUUUCUAUUUUAAGGUAAGCGUCCACAGGCCCGCAUCGUACGCAUCGUACGCAUUACGUAUGACGUCAUCAGUACGCAUCGCAUGUAGGCAUUGCUGAUGAUGCGGUCCGUACGAUGCGGAUCAGUGGACGCAGUUGUAUGAGUUUCUAUACAAGACAAAUUAAAAUCCGUUGCGUGCGAUGCGUACGAUGCGGGCCUGUGGACGCUUACCUUGAAACGCCAAGUAUGAUAUAUGAAGGCCAUAAGGUAUUUUUUAAUUAAUAAUUAUUUUUUACAAUUGAUGGCACUUUUUUGUUUUUAGUUUGAUUUCUUAUUUCUUAAUAUUGUUAUGUAAUGUACCAUACACUUAUGUUAUUGAGAAGAUUAAUAUUUAAGUUAAUUUUGUUUAUUUACUGCAUUUAAUAUGGUUGUGACACAGUAUAGUUAAAACAGUAAAUAUUCAGAUCCUGUUUGAUUGAAUUUUCACUGUUACAACAUUCACAUUGAAUAUUUUUGUCGUUUACUGUACACAUCAACAGCCUAUAAGUAGCCACUGCUGACCAAAGACCUCUUCUCACACGGAGAAGGUUUGAGCAUUAAUCGCUUGCUCAAUACGGGUUGGUGAUUUCAAACUUAUAAUUAGAAAUAAUAAGCCCAGGUUUCCUCACGAUGUUUUCCUUCAUCGUUUGUCAGUGGUGUCUAAAUAAUCUUAGAAAGUAUGUACAUAUAACUCGGAAAAGUCACAUUGGUACUUGCCGUUGGUAGGUUUCGAACUCAUGAUCUCAUACGUGAGACGCGGGUGUCUUAGACCUCCGGGCCUCCAUCGAUUUAUACUGUACACACCAAGAGAUUAAUUACU